AACAUUGUAAACUUUGAAUUCUCUUCUUUUAAUUGGUUUUAAUUGCUCGUCUCUAGUACUACGUUGCUGCAGCUAAAGGGCGGGUCAGCGCGCUCUAUGAAGUUGUGUGAAUCAUAAUUUGGAAUACGUUUCUUGAAGAGUUGUGUUGCUGUUCGUGCUCAACAGUUUAAGCUUUGCUUAAAAACUUCAAAGUUACAUAAAUUUUAAAUAAUUUAAGCUCUUAAAGUUUUGAAUUCACACGAUGAGGGACUGUAAGGGACGGAUUCCGUACUGUUCCUUGUUGGCCACAAUCGUUUGCUUAUUUGGCGUUGGGGUUUUUGGUUUAACUAUGAACUUCGGCGCCUCCCAAAUGCUUGUAAUGGUGAAUGAGGUAUUUCAUUUGCGACCUUUAUGGAUCGGGGCUGUGCAGAUGCUAUUCAAUAUAGUUGCUAUUGGAACGGCAGCUCUUGGCUUUAUGAUACUGUUUCUUGGAUUUCUAACUACCGGAGCGACGCGCUAUAGAGCUUACAGAGCUCGACAUUCUCGAGUGGGUGGCCGCAAAGCGUGCGCUGUCUUUAUGGGCAUUACAUAUAUUCUGAGCAUUGUGUGGACACUCAUCCUAUGCUUCCUGGUCAUUGGGGCCUUCAUCACUACGUGCUUUUGGAAAAUGUGUACGAGUUUGCAAAACUAUACAGAAUGCAUUGAUGUGACGCAGUUUCACUUUUGGUUUCCACCGCACACAAAACUGGAGGAUAUGAAAGUUUGCGGAAGGAUCGAAUUGAACGCCUUUUGCAAGGACGGCGUUGAGAGCUCUACGAGUCUGAUUCUAUUGGCCACACUCGCCACUCUGCUUAUUCAAAUGAGCCUUGUCCAUUACCUAAUUUGUUUAUCCGCUAACUAUGCUCACAUUCGCGAUCACGAGAAGUUCCAGGAGCUGCAGGACAUACAAAAUUUGAACGAACUCGAAAGUAGCGCUACAUCAAAUGAUCGAUUUUAG